AUGGCCAUUCAAGAUCAAUUUCCUGAGGUUCAUUGGGUUUGGAAGGGGGACAUUUCCUUUGUGUACGAAGUUCAUCCUCGUAUCGUGGUUAAGGUCCCUAAGACCGGAGAGUUCGAAAGAGAACAAUUUCAGAAAGAGCUCAAGAUCUACGAAACAUUCUUACAACAACCACCUUGCCCUUCUAUAGUGCAAUUUUUUCUAUAUGCUGAUAAUGGAAUUUUCCUUGAAUAUAUGCGAGACGAGUCCCUGUGGUUUCGAAUACAAAGUAAUCAUGUUCGAGACGAACAAACUAUGAUCAUUACUAAAAUCGAAAGACUGGAACCUUCAGCCUUGCGGAAAAAAUGGAUGAACGACCUUGCCCAAGCUGUUGCUUUUCUUGAAUCUCCGAAUCUCGCUCAUGGCGAUCUACGACCUGAAGAUAUCUUGCUUGAUCGCAAUCAAUUAAAAUUAUCUGAUUUUGAUUGUACUGCAGAAAUUGGGACAGACUUUGAAGCUUGUAUGGCCUCAUAUGGAAGGGUCCUCAACAAUAGCGAGCCAUAUGAAGGACGCUGUGGAAGUUCGGGCCUCCUAGGUCCUCGAACCGAGCAAUUUGCCCUCGGUUCCUUAUAUUACUUGAUUAAUUAUGGUAUGGAAGUGUAUGGGGAUCAAUGCCUCACUGAAGAUCCGAAGGAACAUGGUCCCAAGGUCGUGGAAUUACUACAGAAUAUGGAUUUUCCCCAGCUGAACAGUGACCCGUUGAUCGACGAAAUCAUCAAGAAAUGGUGGCACAACGAGUAUAAGAUGAUCGCGGACUUGGCUUCAAACAUUGAGACGCUACUAUCGGGUCGUCCAAACGCCAAAGGCAGUAACGCCAAAACAAACCUCAUUUCCCGGUGGGUAACGGCCCUGGGACGCAUAACUCGAAACUUCUGGCGUACGCUCUGGCACUGCUGGGCCGUGGCAUUCCGCUACAACGACAAACCAGUAAACGCCGAGAUAUCCAAUGACAGCGAACCACCGGGCUACGGCCGUGGUGUGCAUCCAGAUAACUUAACGGAGGAUUUCAUGCGGAAACAAGCUCUCUGUCAGAGCCUGCAGCGUCGGGGGCUUCCUCAGCUCCUGUCUUCAGGAGAGCCUGAGCACCUGGGAUUCACUCUCAAAUGCCCGGAUGACUUCAAAAACUACCUGCUCCUCAAGGUUGUCGUCAACAAAAGCAUCGAUGAAGUGUUCACGUCAUCGGGAAAGAAACCCAAUCUUCCUGGAACGGGAAAUCCUCGUGCGGAAAAGCAGACUAUUCAAUAUGCGAGUCGGACCUAUGUCCGCUGGCGUGAUCUCUGGUGCGGUGUAGGACCGAGAAGCACCAAGAUGAGCCGCGCCGAUAUCCUUCACGGCAACGGGGACGGGCGAAACCUUUCGCAGUGGCUUGGGUAUAACCAGGUCGCAUUCAUCCCCGUCCGAAUGCCGACUCCGGAGGAGCGCUUCUUGUGGGUUGAUCUCACCUACCCGAUCCGAGGGAUCUACUUGCCCUCCGCCUUUUAUGCGAUGCCGCAGCAGAAGUAUAAAGAGUGGACGCGGUACAUACAGCUGAAGUUCUUCCACAACUCAUUGACGCUCAAAACGUAUACGCGGGCGGAUUUCUACGGGGGGUAUUUGAAGAACCAAAGUCGUGCCCAGGCCGUGCAGUACGCCGCACAGCAUGGCGAGCAACUGAGCUUUCCAUCCCGGGAAAAGACUGUGAAAGAGCCAGACGUUCCCGAGGAGCCCAAUCUACCCGGCAUGGCCACCGAGUUCACCGUUGGGGAGCUCAAAAUCCCAAAGGACAGAGAACUGGGGCUCGGUUAUCAACCCACGUGGACCGCACGGUUCGACAUCCAGCAACUGGCGCUAACUCUCCAUGUGCCGAGUGAAAUGCGCGACGAGAAGUAUCUAGACACGUAUCAGUUUAUCACGCUCUUCAACUCGGGUGAUGUCGACUUUAUCCAGCCCUGGCAAAUGACGAAGGCGAGGGAAGUCGAGCUCAGCGACCAGUACAUCAAGCAUGCCGAUGUCAUCAACCUACAAGAGAGCACGGACAUGAAGGAAAGACCGACCAAAGCUGACUUCGACUGGCUUAGAGAGUCUGUGCGGAACCUUAUCGGUGUUGGCCUAGGCAUUAUACCCUAUGUUGGGCCCUUCCUCUCGAUGGGGUACGACGCCGUUAUGGACUACCUUGACAAUCCGGAGGCAUGGGGGGUGAAGAACGAACUCAAGCUGGGCACCCAAGCAAAGGCGCAGGCAAUCAAGUCUACCUCUGACAUCCUAGAGUUCUACAAGAAAGGCAAGGUUCCCCAUAUCCAGUUCAAGUCUGGCUUGGAGGAGGGAGAUGAUCGUCAACCGGUAUACGUGGGUGAGGAGGGACAGGAAGCUGAAGGAACGCAACAAGAGCCCUCUAUUAUACUUGUACCAGAAGAAGACAAAACCGAGGCUGACCAGUCGACGGUGGGUCCGGAUGAGGCCCCACUGGGUGGAUUCGGAUGA